AUGAAACUUUCAAUAAUUAUUCUGGCCUGCUUAGCCCUUGUGGCUGCAGAGCCUCUUUUGAAGCGUGAUGGAGUUAAAGCAGACAAAGAUUUUUUGGUUAAACAAAAAUUCUUUUUGGAAAUUCUACAUGAUAUCCAUGAACCACUCCAAUUUCCAGAAUACUUGAAAGUAUCAGAAAAAUUUGUUGAAGAUAAAUCGUCUUACUUGGAUUGGGAACAUGUUAAGGAUUUCUUUAUUUACUGGGAUCACCAAAACUUCUUACCAAGAGGUCAUAUUUUCUCAAUUUACAAUGAAGAACAUCUUGAACAAGUUAUGUAUCUAUUCAACUUCUUCUACUAUGCUAAAGAUUGGACCACUUUCUACAAGAAUGUUUGUUGGGCUCGUGUACAUAUGAACGAAGGAAUGUUCGUUUAUGCCUUAACAAUGACUGUUUUACAUCAUAAAGAUUAUACUGGAAUCGUUCUUCCAGCUCCUUAUGAAAUUGUUCCAUAUAUGUUCUUUGACUCAAGGGUUAUCAAUGACGCAUAUGAGUUCAAGAUGAAUUAUCUUCAAGAUAAAACUGAAGGAUAUGAUAUGUGGUACGUUUGGGCCAACUAUACUCAAGACUAUUAUUAUUCACAUGAAGAGUCAUCUUUGUCCUACUUCAGAGAAGAUCUUGGAUGGAAUUCAUACUAUUAUUAUUAUCAUAUGGAUUAUCCAUUCUGGAUGGACGGUGAAGAGUUUGGUUUGUCAAAGGACCAUCGAGGUGAACUUUUCUUACAUAUGCAUCAACAAAUCUUAGCUCGUUACUAUAUGGAACGUUUAUCACAAAGAUUAGAUGAAAUCCCAGAAUUUUCUUAUGGUAAACCAAUAGAAUACGGCUACAACCCACAUAUGAUGUACUACAAUGGUCAAGGAUUUACAGUACGUAAAAAUUAUUAUGAGGUAUACAAUACUGAGGAAUUCCAUGAUAUUCAAUUAGUUUUGGAUUAUGAGCGUCGUUUCCGUGAUAUUGUUGAUCGCGGUUUCUAUGUAACAUUUGAAGGCAAGAAAAUUGAUUUAAGAACUCCAGAAGGUGUAGAAUAUCUUGGUAGUUUGAUGGAGCAUAACGAAGACAGUGUUGAUAAACGUUUCUUUGGAUACUGGAGAUUGUUAUCUCACUCACUUUUAGGAGGUUCUUAUGGAAUUUAUUUCAACAACGACAAAUGGGUUAUCCCAAGUGUUAUGGAACAUUUUGAAACUGCUAUGCGUGAUCCCGUUUUCUACAUGCUUUACAAACGUUUAAUCAAUAUUUACAUCAAAUAUCAACAUUUCUUACCACAUUACCAAUACAGCGAACUCUUGUUUAAUGGAGUUGAAAUCACAGAUGUUCAAGUUGACAAAAUUGAAACUUUCUUCGACUAUUUUGAUGCUGAUUUAACAACUUUAAUGGGAUACAAUUGGAUGUUUAAUGAACCUAAUGUUUUAUUCAAAGCUCGUCAGUGGCGUCUUAAUUAUAAACCAUUCAAUAUGAACAUUGAAAUCAAAUCAGAUAAAGCACAAAAAGUAAUUAUGAAAGUUUUCUUAGGACCAAAAUAUGACCAAUAUGGAAAACUUUAUACUCUUGAAGAAAACCGUGAAAACUUCUACCAAAUUGAUCAAUUUGUAUAUGAUCUCCCAGCUGGAAAAUCAGUUAUUAAACAUUCAUCAGAAGAUUUUUACUGGAACGUAAAAGAUCGCACAACUUGGACUGAAUUAUAUAAACGUGUUAUGUUAGCUAUUGACGGUAAAAUGGACUUUACUUUGGAUAUGACUGAAGCUCACUGUGGAUUCCCAGAACGCUUAUUAAUUCCAAGAGGUUGGGUUAAGGGUAUGCCAGUUCAAAUGUUCUUCAUGGUUCUUCCAUACCAAGAUGUCAAACAUUAUGAAGGUUACAAUGAAAAGAUCUCAUGUGGAGUUGGAUCAGGCUAUAGAUAUAUGGACAAUUAUCCAUUUGCUUAUCCAUUUGACCGUGAAAUCGUUGAUUUUGAAACUUUCUAUGUGCCAAAUAUGCAUUUCGAAGAUGUUAAUAUCUAUCAUUUGGAACAAUAUGGUGAAUAUUACACUACUUAUUAGAAAGUCUAGCGAAGAAA